AUGUUCGUUCCUGUCAUCACGUGGGGGACGGAAGACAGCUUGUUGGAUGAGCUUACGAUGCUGAGCAACGAAAGGGACAAGGAGAGCAGCUUCCUGGCUAGCGUGUUAGCAGCCUUCUACCUGCUGAACAAGGGGAUUGGGCGGCUUAAGGCCAUAGUCCCGAUCCUGCGCGACGAGUCAUGCGGGAGGGUGUCGAUCACGGAAGUGUGUAGGAACCUGAGCAAGACCUCGUCGCUGAUCAACUGUCACAAGGCAAGCCUGCUGCUGCUGGAGGGCGGGGUCAGGAAGGAUCAGAGUAUGAUCGUGGAGUACCUCGCCUCCUUCUCCGUCCAAGAAGUGAUUCUGUCGCUGCUUCCUGUCCACUGGAGGGUCGCAGCAGGGUUGAAGACGAGCGACAUGGGAGUGUCCAAGGACAUCCAGGGAGGGCACAGCAUGUUCAUGAUGGGUGAGAACGAUAUCAAGACGAGCGCGUACGAGGCAGGGCAGGCGGUGACGACGAUACUGCUGGAGCUGAUGGACGUGUAUGUGAGGAGGAAGAUGUGGGAGUUCUCGAGCCACAACUUCCGGGGGAUCGAGCUGCUGCAGAUGUUCAAGGAGGCCGGGGUCGACGACGUGUUCUUCGAGAACUUCGCGCUCAAGAGCUUCGACUCGUUCGUCCGGCUCAACUCCUCCCGCUCGUGGGACGAGCAGUACCAGAGGAACGUCGACACGCUCAACAUGCUGGUCGAAAGGUUCAAGGACGACGAGCGGCUGCUGCCGCUGGACACGAGGCUGAGGAGGUACAGGGACACAGAGGUUGACGGGAUCCUUGCGCUAAGGACGACCAACUCGCUGGAGACGGCUCAGUUGAAACUGCCGGCGCAGCGGGGCAUCUUUUGCCUGCUGUGUGUCCAGCUGACGUUUGCGCUGAACCAGAUCAAGCUGACGGUGAACUUGGACCUGGUGUGGAUGCGGGACCCGGUCUGUGUAAUCGCCACUCCCAAGAUCGUCUCAGUCCCCAGCCUGCUCAACGUCGUGCUGGGUUUCCUCUGGUGCUUCCUGCUGGGGACUGCGGUCGUCGUUGACAAGUUCGGGACUCCGUUCCAGCGGAAGCGGGUUAUGAUCAACACCAUCAUCAGCAUCCUCGUCGGGUACAUCCUCACCUUCUUAGUUGACAUCGUCCAGUGCUCCAUCUACACGGGCAAGUUGGACCGCUGCUGUCAAGGGUUCCACGUCUUCGUGACUAUAGCGUUCGUCAUUCUGUUCCUCUACUUUGCGCAGUACAAGCAGCAGUACGUCUGGAUCGCAGUCUUCUUCAUCCAGGGCGCCUACUGCAUCUUCCAAGGGCUCAAGGAGGACGACUGGACUAGCUACAUCUUCUACUUUCUCGGCAGCAUCUGCAUUGUCAUCUCCUGCUGGGUGCUGAUAGUGUACCGCAUCAACUACCGGAAGACGCUCAAGAAGCUGGAGCUGGAGAUGCUGAGCUUCCAAGGGACGUGGAACCAGCUGGUAGAAGGGAAGGCGGAAGUGCUGAGAACGCUGGACGAGAGGGUGGGGGAGAUACAGGCCGAGCUCAAGUCCAAGAUCGCGCAGCGGGUAGAGUCGCCGCUGCAGCAGCUGGUGGAGAUGCUGGAGUUGAGGAGAACGAGGUACAGCACCCGCAUGCACAAGAUCACACAGCAGUGUCAGGACCUGCAGCAGCUCUACCUCGAGGCCCAGCAAGUCAGCGCUGACUUCCAGCAGCUGAUCGCUACCUGGACGCCAGUCGGGUUCGUGUGGGAGGGCAAGCUCAAGUCAGUGGCGAGGGCGAUACAGAAGACUGUGAGGUCGUACGGGAGGGACGCAUCCUGUCUGACGGACAUCGUGCGCUGCACUGUGGUGGUUGACUCGAUCGACGACGUGCUCACGUGGGUUGAAGGGCUAAAGAGAAACUCGAUGGUGGCACAUGGGAUAGCUACCCCGAAGAAUUUGAAGAGGAGGAUAUCGACGGAUGCGAGAAUCGAGAUGGAUAGAGAUGACUUUCUUGAGAAGAAGUUUAUGAGCAUAACAAGCAUCAAGAACAGGUGA